AUGAGAGCUUAUCGAAUUAAUAUAUCUAUUGAACUACGUGAUGGUGAAGGUGAUGAUGAAAUUCGCUGGAAAAUUGAUUGGGGUAAUUAUUCAACAGAUGGUUUAUUUCGUAUUGCUCGUUAUAAUCAAAAAUGGCGUGGAGGAUUCUUCUCUUGUAAUGGAUUUGAUUCUACUGUACCAGAACAAAAAAUUUCCGAUCUUACAUUUGAUGAUGUUUGGGAACAUCUUAAUUCUGUUCAUGAUGAAACACCAUUACAUAUAUUAUUAUGGGGUGGUGAUCAAAAUUAUAUGGAUUUUAUGUUUGAAGAUAUUCCAUACUUAAAAGAUUGGGUCGAUAUGGAAUGGAAUGAAAAAUGGACAUGUGACUUUCGUAAAGAUUUAGAACAUCAAGUAGAAGAAUAUCAUUUUAACUCUUAUGUUCAAACUUGGGAACGUUCGGAAGUAAGAAAUGCAUUAGCAUCAAUACCAAGCUUAAUGACGUGGGAUGAUCAUGAUAUAUUCGAUGGUGCAGGUUCAUAUCCUCCAUUACUACAUGAUAGUCCUAUGAUGACAGGUUUAUUUAAAGUAGCACAAAAACUUCGACUUUUAUUUCAACAUCAUACAACACUCGAAAAAGCACAAGAACAUGGCCUCUUUGGAUAUCAAGGUUACAAUUUUCUGGCACAUUGCGGUCCUGAUUUAGUUAUUAUUGGCUGCGAUGGACGUACCGAACGAAAUACAGAAAUAGUUCAUCACCCAAAAACUUGGGAUAUGAUUUUUGAAAAUUUAGAAAAUUAUGUUAUGGACAUUACACAUUUAAUUGUUUUAUUUCCUGUGCCUUUUUCAUUUGUUCGAUUCAAAUUAGCUGAAUCAAUUUUACACCGUUUAAAAAAUCUUCCCAAUAAAUUUCGUAAUGUUCCAGUUGUUAAACAAACGAAUUCAGUAUUUGGUUUACCUGAACUCUAUGAUGAUCUUCUUGAUGAAUGGACACAUGAAGCACAUAUUGAAGAACGCAAUCGUGCAUUAUCACGUUUUCAAGAAUUAGCAGAUAGAAAAAAAGUAAGAAUAACAUUUUUUAGUGGUGAUGUACAUUGUUGUGGUGUUAGUCGUUUUCAAACUCGACUAAAAGAUGGUCUAGAACCUAUCAAUGAUAGUAAAUUAAUGUAUCAAGUUAUUUCAUCUGCUAUUGUUAAUAUUCCACCACCUCGACAAUUUCUUCGUGUAGCUCAUUAUUUUAAAACAAAAUGGCAUCCUAUAGAAAAUACAGAAGAAGAAGUGAUCGAUUUUUUUCAACGUUUACCAGAAAAUGGUAGAAAACUGAUGCAUAAAAAACUACUUCCAAAUCGUAAUUGGUGCUAUUUUGAACAAUGUGAAGAAGAAAAUCCAUCUGUUUAUACAACGAUUAAAACAGGACUUCUCCAUCGUCUUUCGAAAACGAAUGAACAUCAUACUCCUGCUAUUGACUUAGGUCCCACAUCGAGACCUGAUGGCCACGGAGGUACACAACCGCCAAUACAUGAACAUUCCCAUGGACAUGCUUGUAGAAAAAGAAAAGAAGCUGUUGAAGAAGAAAUAGGAACACAAACUCUAAAGAUUAGACUAUGGCUAGAAAGUGGUAAAAAACAGAAAGAAGGAAGGCGCUUUGUCAGUUAUGAAUUACUUAUUCCAAAUUUAAAAUAG